AGGCCCGCGUGUGGUUUGUUUAUGCACUAAGGAUCGCAUAACUACUUAAUUCCUUCCUUCAAACACUUUGUGAGAAAGAGAAAACAACAACUAUACAGCCAACAUGAAGCUCAUCUUCGUCGGCUGUAUAAUCCUGCCGCUCAUAUCCGGCGCCAUGUUGGCAGGAGGUAUCAACAACGACUACACGACCUCCUUGGAUGACCCCAACGUCAAGUUCGCCGUGGACGGCAUCAACAGCUACUACAAGGGUCUCGGUGACAGCACCUCCCGCACUGCCGUACGCCUCGUCUCCGCCUCUUCACAGGUGGUCUCCGGAAUUCUCUACAGGUACACCAUCGAGCUCACGAACGGAGAAAAUGACGCACCUUCAGCCCGGUCUUUGCUCGGAGCACUACAAGUGGUGUCAAUAACUGAUGAAGAUGUCCAGGAUGCCCUGGGCGCCCUGGAGCAGCGGCAAACUGCCCAGUCCAACGGUCUGGUCUACCUCAAGGCUGUCUCCGCAAAGAAGAUCACGAAGCAGGUGGUGAACGGCCUCCUGUUCACCGUGACCGACGUAACUUUCUACGGCUCCUCUUGCUCCAGAACCCCUACCGACAGGACGACAUGCUCUGUGGCCGCUGAUGCUUCCUUGGUGCAGACCUGCUCUGCCAACAUUUGGUACAGUGACCGAAAUACGCCAAACUAUAAGAUCUCCAAUGUGGUCUGCCAUGUACCAGCACCAGCAGUAGCCCAGGACGCGCCAUCUGCCCGCGCUGCCAUGCCCGGCGGCCCAGAGAAGGUCUCAAUGAACGACGAGCAGACUCAGAUGGCCGUGUCUGAGCUGGAGAAACGGGUCAACGCCCAGUGUAACUGUCUGAUGUACCUCAAGGCCAAGGAGGGAGAGGUCACCAAGCAGGGUGUCCAGACAACCCGUUCCCUUUUGGGAGGAGACGAGACCGUGUCCUUUAAUGACGACGAUGUUCAGAAAGCCUUCCAGGUCGUGGCCGAGAAAGUCAACUCUGAAAAAGGCAAAGAAAUCUUCCUUAAGGGAGCCUCUGCCCAGGUCACCAAGCAG